AUGGCUGAUCACCACCGGGGCGGGACUGGAGGUGGCGGGGGCUACGGCGACCAGCACCGCGGGGGCGGCGUGCACGGCGAGGGGCAUCAGCUGCUGCAGCAGCAGAAGCAGGGCGCCAUGAUGACGGCACUCAAGGCCGCGACGGCCGCGACCUUCGGCGGGUCGAUGCUGGUGCUGUCCGGGCUGAUCCUGGCCGGCACCGUGAUCGCGCUCACGGUCACCACCCCGUGCUGGUGA